AUGAAGCUCCUCAGCUUCCUGCUUGUUUUCUUGGGCACUAUUCUUGCCUGUUCCGCCGCUGCUAUUGAUAUUAAUGACCUGAGCAAUCGCGCUGAGUCCUCUCAAGCCGCUAAAUGCAAAAAAACUAGGGACUGCGUCAUCUUCAAGGCCUGCAGAAACGGCCAGUGUGUAUGGCCGGGCAAUCAUCAACCUCGCGAUAAGCCUCGGCCUGAGCCUAAAGCUGAGCCUGAAUCCCCUCCUGAAUCCGGUCCUGAAGCUGCCGAGAACGAGCUGAAGGCUGAUAAGCUUGAUAUCAACCUGUUUUGUCAGAAAGAUGCUGAUUGUGGCAACGGUUUCUGUCUUGAACAUAAAUGUGUCGAUGCCGCGGUGAAUGACGAUGAAGAUGAAGAUUCGGAUGGCGAUUGUAAGAUGCAUAUCGAAGCUAGGACGCGGAAGCCCUGCAACAGUGACUCGGACUGUCCCAAGGAUAAGAGGUGCUCGUGGGGCGCUUGUAGAACCCCUAUUAAGAUUACUCAUUCCGCGCGUGACAAUGAAAAUCCGGAUGACGAUGAUGAGAUGCAUAUCCUACCUAUCGACCUCGACGCCGAGAACGAUUCUCAACUUCUCUCUAAACGUGAUGAUGGUGACAACAGUGACUAUGACAAUGACAGCGAUGACCCUGAAGCCCACCUUUUCACCCGAGCUCAAGGUUGCAAAACAUUCAAGGACUGCGAUGCCGGCUGGGGCUGCAAGAAGGGGCGAUGUCAGCGGUGGGACUGUGCCACCCGCCCUGGUACUUGCGAUUCUGGACGCUGCAAGAACGGCAAAUGCAUAAGAAGUUUGGAGGGUUUGACCAUUGAGACUGACGAUGACGAUGAAAAUGACGAGUCUGAUUCUGGCAUUUCCGAGCGCUCCGACAAAUACCCUGCCUAUUGCAAGUCUAACCAAGAUUGUCCUCCCAAAUACCGAUGCUACUCUGGAGGCGUCUGCAAGUACCGGGGCCCUCACCUCUCAGCCCGUGACGAUGAAGAUGACACUAUUGCCGAGCGCGAUCUUCUGGCUCUCAGGGGCAAAUACCCUGCCUAUUGCAAGUCUAACCAAGAUUGUCCUCCCAAAUACCGAUGCUACCCUGGAGGCGUCUGCAAGUACCGCCCCCCUCACCUCUCAAUCCGUGACGAUGAAGAUAACACCAUCCUUGAGCGCCAAAACCCCCGCAAGUGCGAGUCUAAGAAAGAUUGUUCUUCCAGAUACCGUUGCCACAACGGCACCUGCAAGUACGGUCUCAGCGCUUCCAAGCGAGAUGAAGAUACCGCUAUCCUUGAGCGCGAUCAUGAGGCUCUCAACGACCGCCAAUGCAACGCUAAGAAAGAUUGUCCUGUCAAAUUCCGAUGCGUCAAAGGCAAAUGCAAGUUCGGUACCGACGAACCUACACCUGGCGGCCGUUGCAAAGCCAACAAUGACUGCCCUCGCAAUCAGAAAUGUCUUGGUGGUGUAUGCAAGUCUCGCUCCAUUCCUAGCAAGCGUGACGAGUCUGGGAAUCUCGAGGAUGACGAAGACUACGACUCUCCAGAUGACGAGGGUGAUGUUGAAGAAUGA